AAAGAGUUUAUUUGGGGCUUAGGGUUAGAAUCAAAAUCAUCCUAUCAGGCAGCAUGGCAGUAGACAAAUGAGCAUGCCUCCAGAACAGUAGCAAAGAGAGCAGCAGGCGAGAGACAUCUGGAUCCACAAUCAAGAAGAAUCAGAGAGUGCACUGGGGAUGGUAGGAGGCUUCAGGAGUCUUGAAUGCUGCCCCUUGACACACCGUAUCUAAUGAGGUCACAUCUCCAUAUUCUUCCCAAACAGUUCCACCAACUGGGACCACGUAAGUAUUCAAACAUACAAGCCUAUGAGGAUCAUUCUCUUUCAAACACUGUAAGGGUGGUUGAGAUCACUCAAGACAGGUGAGAAAAGUCUAUGAAUAUGAGAAAUGCACUGGAAAUUUAUGUCAAUCAGUGUCUUCUUAAGAAACACAGUUAUUCUAAGAUUAAGACUAAAUUAAGAUAAUCUGAGGAGUGACCAUGCUUGUCCAUGUGGUUAACAGAAUGUGGCAGAAUUCAUGGUCUGUUCCUUCAUCAAGUAGGAUACAAAGAACCUAAGCUUCUCUCUUUAUAUCUUCUUCAUUUUUCAUAUCAGCCUCAGAAAAUUCUUGUUAGAUAUAUGGCAGGGAAAAGAUAAAUAUAUCAUCGCUCACCUGAUCAUCUCAGUCCUUUCCAUGGCUUAUAUGGAAGUCAUAGUUCCAAUGCUCCCACAACACCCUAACUCUUAUCCAUAAUAAUAAAACCAAUUUCAUACUUUUAUGAGUAAUGAUUUAGAAAGGCUAGAGUGAGAUUCUGAGUAUGGUCCUUCUCUGGUUAUAAUUACAAUUUUGAAGAAGAAAAAACAACUAAUGACAAUUUUAUUCUUUUGAGUGGAGGCACUAGAAAAUAAUUCUGGUGGGCUAGUUGUCUAGCAUGAUUCUGUCUCUCAAACUAUCAGACAUUUUGAGCCCAAACUUACUCUCUUUGUGAAUUAGAAGAAAACCUUAGAAUGGGCUUGAUUUAUCUGUUUCCAAAGAAAUAGAAACUGUCUUCAGAAACCUGCUUUGCCUUUCUCAUUUCAACUUCCAUUUUUAGACAAUUGCACAAAAGAUUUUAAAAGCAGAACCUACCAACUUCACGAUCUAUAAAAGUACCAAGUAUCAGUGUGUUCAGAAGUCUGUUUCAAAGAAAACAUUUUAUCAGCAUAUGUUAAUUUGUGAGUUCGUAUUUAUCACUCACCCUUUAAACAUUUACUGAAUAUAUCCCACUUGCAGCAGAAGAACAAAAACUCUUUAUUUGAGUGACUCAUAACUGACCUGUCUGAAGGAAAGAUAAACAAAAGCAGACAUGCAGUGUUAAAUUACUUAUUAUAUACUCGAAGGAUCAUGGGGAUAAUUUUGCCAUAGUUCUGUCAGCAAAAAUCUUUAUUACUACUAUAGAUCUUAUACUCAGGAGUAAGACAUCUGAUAGGCAAACUUAGAUGGGAAGAAAAUAUGUCGUCUAGUAGCAGGUGAGUGGGUAGUGAAAAUAUACACAUGCACUGCGUGCUUUUAUUCAACCGUAAAGGAAGAGGAAUUCGUGAAGUUUGCAGAAAGAUGGAUGCAACUGGAAGCAUUAUUUGAGCUAACACGGGCUCAGAGAGACCAGUACCAUAUGUUCUCUCCCAUGCGGAUCCUUGCCGCUAGCUAUUGAGUUUGUGUAUCCAGAAGGGAGUAAAUAUAGGUAAAGGCAGGAAACUAGAAAGGGGCCCACGUGACUUCGAAGAAGGACACUUUAAAGGAGUUGGGGUGGGGCUAGUAACAGAGUAAGGUGGAGCAGGGAAUGCGGGUGUGUGUGAGAAGAUACAGUGGGGAAAGUGGGGGUAAGAUGAAGGACGGGUAUGUGUCUGGGAGUAAUCAUCCAAAAUGAAAUGUGCCUGGAAACCGCAUAUGAAACCCUACUUAGCUAAGCUAAUGUCAAAUGUAAAGAUAAAUAUUUUUCAAAGUUGAUUGCCAAGGAAAGUGCCAGUCGGGUGGGGGGGGUGGACCUCUAUUCAUACGAUGAGAAAUAAGGGGUGCACAUGCUUGCUUGAAGACACGCCUGUCUCACCGUUAUGUCCAUACAUGAGCAGAAAGGUGAGGCUAGAAUUAGUUACUAUUUGCAAGGCCACGUGUCUUCAUAGUAUUCUUUUUACUACAUGGAUUUAAAUACAUUAGGGUGAUGCGUGCGUGGGUGAUAGAAGAAGCCAGAAGGGAAAAUUGGGAAGCUUUGGUUUUCAACUUUUUCACUUGCACUCUCUUAGAAAAGAAAAUCUCAGCUUAAAACAAAAUUCAGGGUAAUGAAAACGUUAACCAAAACACUGAGAGCCGCAGUUUGCAGAGAGCCAUGCAAGCUAGGAAGUGUUAUAUGCUUUGUGUACAUCGUGUCCCCCCUGAAUUUUCCCCACUCCCCACAUAGGAAGGUUUUAUUCUUGAACUGUCCAUUCAUAGUUCUAUAGUAGAUGCAGUAUAGAGGGAUUCCACUUGAUUCGCAGUUCCACACAUGAAAGGUUCUCUUCACCUUUGACCUUGAAGCUACUUGACACUUUCAGAUGGUGAAGUGGGGCCCGGGGAGAUGGCUCAGCAGGUUAUGGUGUCCACAAUUAAACACCACAAACUUAGUUUGAUUCUCAGGAUCCAUAUAUUGUGGAGGGUAAGGAUUGGCUUUUGCAAGUUGUUCUCUGACCCUGCUAAUAUGAGAACCUUGAAAUUCCUGUAAACAUUGUUGAUUGUUCUAAAGGGAAUGUGUGUGUGUGCGCGCGCGUGCAGAUCUCUCUUAGAUAUUUCUAAAUACUGUAAUAGCAAAACAUUAAAAAAAUAAAAACAGUCAUGGUUAGGAGCCCCAAAUAUAUGUCAGAGGUUUCAUUGGAGACCCUGAUCUUCCUCCUGGGUGGAUGGAAAUCCAACGUUACUGUUCUUUAAGCAAAGGACUCAGCUUUAUUCUCAAUGAGGGGGAAGGUAUUGCCACCUGCCACACUUCCUGGGCAGCACUCUUUCUAAGAACCUCCUAUCCUGGUGUUCUUAGUUCCCCCCCCCCGCCCCUUCCUGAACUUUGCUUUUGUUUGUGGUAUUUAGACAUGCUGUUUUCUCUCCUCUGUGUGUGUCCUAGGAUUUGAUCUAAUUGUCUGCUGUUCAAGUGUCACUCAGCAUUAUUAUUGAGAAGACAAAUGGGACACAGGUCAGAGUUCAUCAAGAAGGCAUCUGCUUGCUAGAAGUGCACAGUGGAAGCCCUCCGAAGUGAUCUUUAAGGAAAGCUUGGAAAACAUUUGCCAGAGAGGGCCAUCUUCUGUGCUUCUUCCUUGGAGGGAUAAAAAAAAAAAACAAGUGAGUGCAAGGGAGUUCCAGAAAGUCCCCUGUUUGGGAUGUCUUUUUCUAAAGUAGGGAAGCAAAUGGGGUUAUGUGUGCUGCUGCUGUUUGAUUAAACUGUGAGAAGAAAAUGGACGCUUGUUGGUGCACAAACAUCGCUGAGAAAGUUUCCACUCCACUUGCUGAGUCUCUCACCUGCCAAUGUCCAGUGGCUUCAGGUUACUGUGCCUUUACAGGCUCAAGUUCUCUUACUGGACUUUCUUAAGCUAACAGUUGUUCUUCCACUUAGCAGAGGGGCCAGAAGCCUCAACCUAUGAGAGCCCACAAUUGCUUUGGCACUGGAGACAAGCGGGGCAAUGGCUGCAUUGUUCUUUUUGCCCUCUUGAGUAGGCAACUGUCUUCUCCAUCGGAUCUUGACACGGAACAAGGCUGAAUCCAGGGUCCUUGGAGAGUCACCUUCCUUCCGCUACCCUUUAUGUGCCUUUCUGCCCUGAAGCCGUUAAAGCUGUUUGGACUGGACGACUCUGGACUGCCUGCCCUUACUCCUUGCUAAACACAGACUGGAAGUUGGGGGAAGAAGGAAACCCAAGUCAGAAAGCUCAUUUUAGUCCAGGUGCCACCUGCAGCCCGGGUUUCCUUGUGGACUUCUCUGCAUAUAUCAUGCUUUGGCCUCAGAGAUUGCUUGAGAAAGCACUAAAAAUAUCCAAGGCAAGAAAAACGCAGCGCUACCAAAGACUGGCAAGCAGAAGCGGCUCCUAGGUGGGUGGGGAUCCUGCCACUGGCUUCCAGAGCGCGGGAGCCCUGGCGUCUCUGCUCAGGGAGCACCUAGGUAGCGGGAUUCCCGGGCUGCCUUCCAGGAACCCCGCAGAGUCUCCGGUACUCCCUGGGGCACAACCCUGCAAGCUUCAUGCUUCAGCUCUUGAGAGAGAGCAAGCUCGGUGCCCCUCUCUGAGCAUGCGCGGUCCUCUCCCCGCCUCUACGCCCCCCCACGCCCCCUCCCCGCCGGCCUUUUGCUCCUUCCCUUUCAUUAAACAAACGGGAGGUCCCAAAACCUGGACCCAACGACAAGAGGAGGCAGCAGAGGAGGCUUAGCAAGGGAUGGUCGCCGAGGGGAAUCUGUGAUCCCGCGCACUCCCGCCCCCACCCCGCCCACGAGCGCACACACACACACACACCGCACAAACACACACACUCGCAUACGCCCGUGCCGCGCGCUCGCCCGCUCGCUCUCCCACGCAAGCGGAAUGCAGCAGCGCCUGAGGAGCUCGUCUGCAGCCGCUGCCUGAAUGCACCUCGCCGCCUGCAGUCCGUCCGCCCAAUAGGGCGCAAGGAAGGAAGCUUGGCCGCCAAAGCCUACAGUGCAGACAUCCUCGCAUCAGCUAAUGUGGAGCUGGGUAAAGAAAGGUUGCAGAUAGAUCUUCACAGAAGCCUUUGGGCCAAACAAGCCUGGACAGUUUCUGACAGUGCAGUCUCACCACAUGAUUUGAGAAAUGGCUGUAGAAAACAACACUCAACGCAGUUACUCCAUCAUUCCAUGUUUUAUAUUUGUUGAGCUUGUCAUCAUGGCUGGGACCGUGCUGCUUGCCUACUACUUCGAAUGCACUGACACCUUUCAGGUGCAUAUCCAAGGAUUCUUCUGUCAGGACGGAGACUUAAUGAAGCCUUACCCGGGGACAGAGGAGGAAAGUUUCAUCAGCCCUCUGGUGCUCUACUGCGUUCUGGCUGCCACUCCAACUGCUAUUAUUUUCAUUGGUGAAAUAUCCAUGUAUUUCAUAAAGUCAACAAGGGAGUCCCUGAUUGCUGAGGAGAAAAUGAUCCUGACAGGGGACUGCUGCUACCUGAGCCCCUUACUCCGAAGGAUCAUCAGGUUCAUCGGGGUAUUUGCAUUUGGACUUUUUGCUACUGACAUUUUUGUAAACGCGGGGCAAGUCGUCACUGGUCACCUAACACCAUACUUCCUGACAGUGUGCCAGCCAAACUAUACCAGUACAGACUGCCGGGCACACCAACAGUUCAUCAACAAUGGCAACAUCUGCACUGGGGACCUGGAAGUGAUAGAAAAAGCUCGGAGGUCCUUUCCCUCCAAACAUGCUGCUCUGAGCAUUUACUCCGCCUUAUAUGCCACGAUGUACAUCACAAGCACAAUCAAGACGAAGAGCAGUCGGCUGGCCAAGCCAGUGCUGUGCUUGGGGACCCUCUGUACCGCCUUCCUGACAGGCCUCAACCGCGUCUCAGAGUACCGGAACCACUGUUCCGACGUGAUCGCCGGCUUCAUCCUGGGCACCGCAGUGGCCCUGUUUUUGGGAAUGUGUGUGGUUCAUAACUUCAGAGGAACCCAAGGCUCUCCUUCCAAACCCAAACCCGAGGAUCCCCGCGGAGUUCCCCUGAUGGCUUUCCCAAGGAUAGAGAGCCCGCUGGAAACCUUAAGUGCACAGAAUCACUCCGCCUCCAUGACCGAAGUCACCUGAGAUGAAUGAAGACAUGCAGCUGUUUAGGGAUUGUUUGGUUUUUGUUUUGUUUUUUUUCCAGCAACCUUCCAGUUCAAUUCUUCAAAACACACAGAUACUCAAGUCAAACUGUGAAGACAAGUAUUACAUUUGUCUAGUUAGAGGCUAAUGUUUUGUACAUUUUUUGUAUGAAGAAGUGAUGUAGCUUGCCCUGAUCUUUUUUUGUCAGCUUUAAUAUAUUUAUGCCAGAUUUUUAAAACCAACAAAAUUUUCCUGUUGUUCAAGUGUGCAUUGAAGAAUCACAUUUAUCCAAUGGUUGACGUUGUUUUGUGAUAUUUGUACACAAAUUUUUCUCAGUUUUAUAGACACAAAUAAAGCAAACAACCCACUUUAACCCUUUAUUACCACAGUUGCUGCCUCCUCCAGAAGUUUUGAAUUUUAAUGGAAGUUAAACUUUUGAGUUACAGGAAGGACCGUGGUGGUUAAUUGUAAAUCUCAAAGUCAAUCGUGGAAAAAAAAAUAUUGGAAGAGAACAUUGUGUUCUGCUUUGUAAAUAGUUGACUGCAUUCCCAGUUAAAGCAACAGGGGCAUACUAGUGAAGAGUUCUAGUUGCCCAACUAUUGGCACAGAAGCCUAUAUUUGGAGGAAGAGUACUUUGGUUAUAUGAUGCUUUCUUAGAUAAUGGCCUCGCCAUCCUACAGAGCACAAGGUCAGUCUGGGAUUCUGACCUUGGGCAGGUGACACCGUGGCCUACUAUCCAAGAGAGCAGCAAGCACCAGCCUUUCCUGUCAACUCAACAGUUUUGUAUAUCAUAUUGUAUGGACUUUUUAUGAAAAAGAAUAUUUUACAGUUUGCACAGUAUUAUUUUACAGAAAGGCUAUCAGAGCAUCUACAUGUAGAGCCCAGAGCAACGGCUUCACUAUGGGGCUUUUAACUGUUCUUAGAUUUUAACUGCAUCCCAUUUUUUCUAGCAUGGUGAUAAUGUGUCCCUCCUUUGGGAGAAGGAGUUCCCUUUCUGUAUCUAUCAAAAUGUUUCUCACCCUUGUCAGGUCUUCUUAGCUUUUUUUGUACAUAUUUUUUUUUCUAAAGAGAAGAAAAAAAAAGUUAUCACAAAAUGUAGUCUGGCUCCUGUGCUCUGUGUUUCAUUUCAGUUGGCGGUGUUUGAAGAACUGUGGAGUGUCUGUGCUUCUCAGUCCAUGAGAGAGGGGAUUAGAUGAACCAUUAAACAGGGGCAUGCUGAAAGGUCAUUCAGAGUAAGCAGACAGAAGCAGGGGGCGAAGGAAUGACUGUACACAAAUAGGCAUACAUAUGUGUUAAAAUAAGGUGAAAGAAUUCCUUCAUUUAUUAAGAUACUCAAAUCAAAUGCAUUUUCUGGAUUCUUAGUGUGAUGCCAUAGUCUUCAACCUGUUCUGAAAUUUCCAAGUUUUCAGUAAACAAUUAGUCUUUUUUUUUUUUUAGGAACAAAAGUCACCUCUGAUAAAACUUUCCUGGGAGUUUCCUGAACUGUACUCAUACACAUGUUCUAAGUAGUAUCUGACUAAAGUCAGAGAAAAGAGCUGUUAAGGCUCUGUUCAUCACAAGUGUUAACCACCUGCCCUCACAUAUAUAAUGCAUCUGUUGUUUUCAGGGCAAUGAACCCAGGGAGGGAUAUAAACUCUAAAACACUGUGACAUACACUAGUUCCAACAUCUUGGUCGAGCUCUGCCCCAUUCUUAUUUCUAUUUCUGUUACAUGAUGCCUCUGAAUCAAGUUUAGCCCUUCUUGGUGUGAUGUGUCUACUGAGAUGGUUCAUGGAUGCUACAGACAAAAGGAAGUCCCAGGAAAGAAUGAUUUGUAGACUCUGAGCUCUGUCUUCUGUCCUGUAUGCUAAGUGUGAAGUCAUCCAGUGUCUGGGCGACACAUUUUAUUUACUUAAACACAUGGUAUUUUUAAAGAAAAUUAGUAAUGGGCUCUCUUUAGUUUACUUUUCCUAAAACAUCAGAAAUGAGGGUAGACAAAAUUGAUGUUUAUUACCUACUUCAUGUCACACGUAGUUAUCAGCUUUUCUUGUCACCAAAUUGUAUUUUGAAGAAAAAUCAAGUCAACAACACGGAUCACUACCUUUGAACUCCUCUUUUCUAGGUUUGAUUCUGGGAAGAUCACUUGUUACUUCAAAAUCUGUGGUCACAGACUCUGCUUCCAUAGCCCAGGGUGUAUAGGGUAUUCUCUGGCAAGCUAUGCUCUAUAUCAGUUACAACUGAGGGAUUUCUUUCUGUUCUGUUCCCUGGAUCUCUGAGUUAGUCUACCCUCUGCAUUAUGCCACUUUAAUAAAGCCUCUGCGUACCCUUAAGAUAUUCAGUGGCCUCAGGUUGAGGGUAAACCUUCCAAUCUAGCAUGUGAGAUUCAUUCCUCAGGUUUGGAUGUCCCUACUUGGUUUUUCUGACAAAGACAAAGCUUUUUGUUCAAACAGGACAAAUAAUGACUAUAACCUAAGAGAAAUAAAUUCUGGAGUGAAUGCUGUUCCUCUUUUUUAGUGGAUUGCAGAAAUGCCUGAGAAAGUCUGGCUUGCUGUGGAAAGGGAUUGGAAAGGAACAAGACGAAUAAAGUGUUUUGAUUUUAUGCCA